AUGCAAUCGCUGCUGCAGUAUCGACGCGCUGGAGCUGCAGCGCAAGUGCAGAUUGAUCGAGAUGUUGGUAAAGUCAGAGAGCAUAUGCCACCUGAUAUCACCCGUGACUUGGAAGCAGCAAAGCCACCUGUAAGGCGACAUCCUCGCAAGAAAGAUGAUCACGGCCUGGGACGUGCUUUGUCGCGUGUCAUUGAAGAACACUUUGCCAACGAGGAAGGUAACGAGGAGCCAGUACCAAUACAACCAAGUGUUACAGCUGAUACCAUUCGACGAUGUAAGUCUGAAGGCGUUGCACUUGGCCAAGUCUUGUCGGGCGUCGAAGUUCAACCUCAUAAGAACGCCAAAGGAGAGGACAGCAGAGUUUUCGUGGUCAAAUGGGAAGGCCCUGAUGAUCCUUUGGACCCUCACAACUGGUCGAAUGGAAGACGCAUUGGAGUCACCUUGCAAAUAUCCGCCAUUGCCCUAUUUGUAGGAGCGGCAUCGGGAAUUGACGCCACGGUUCUCCCCCAGGCCUCAGAGUCACUUGGUGUCAGUGAAGUUACCGAGUCGCUAGCUACAGGUCUUUAUCUAGUCGGGAUGGGUCUUGGGUCGUUAAUAGCAGGCCCGUUUUCCGAAACCUUUGGCAGAAAUGCAGUCUAUAUCGUCUCCAUGGCCAUUUUCAUGGUUUGGAUCAUGGCAUCUGCUCUCGCCCCCAAUUUUGGAGCUCAGAUAGUCUUCCGUUUUCUAGCUGGUUGCUCAGCUUCGACACCGCUCGUGUGUUCUGGGGGUUCCAUCGCCGAUAUGUUCAACAGCCUCGAGAAGACCUGGAGCUUUCCACUUUAUGCAGUUGCUGGCUUCGGUGGACCGAUGAUAGGCGCUGUCAUGGGUGCCUAUAUCGGCCCGUCGAAUGCCGUCAGUUGGCGAUGGACUGAGUGGACCAUGCUUAUCGCAUCUGGUCUUGUUCUCGUACUGGUCCUGUUUCUCAUGCCUGAGACGUACGGGCCUCUGCUGUUACAGUGGAAGGCCAAACAUUACCGACGAAUCACUGGUGAUGAACGGUUCAAGUGUGAGCACGAGAUUGCAGAUGCUAGCCUGUUCAGCCGACUCAAAGUCAGCAUGACAAGACCCUUCCUCAUGUUGACGGAACCUAUCAUUAUCGCCAUGACUCUGUAUCUCAGCGUUCUGUACAUUGUUCUGUUCACGUUUCUGGUGGGCUGGCCAUAUAUCUUUGAACAAACCUAUGGUAUCAGCCAAGGUCUAUCAAACAUCAUCUUCAUCGCCAUGUUUCUCGGCACCCAGAUAAACUUUCUCUUUGUUCCCAUCGUGUACCGUAAGACGCUACGAGCUACUGAGAAAGGAGGACACUUCAAGCCCGAGAUACGCCUCUGGUAUGGAAUGCUUGGUGCCUCUCCAGCUAUCCCCAUCUCAUUAUUCUGGCUUGGGUGGACAAACUACGCGAACAUAAGUAUCUGGUCAGCUAUUUUUGCCGUUGUCUUCUUCGGAUACGGUGUCACAGGAAUCUUCAUCUGUACAUACAUGUACAUCAUCGAUUCGUAUGAGAUAUACUCAGCCUCAGCACUCACCUUCGUGGCACUGACGAGGUACAUCGUCGCUGGAGGAAUGACUGUGGUUGGUAUCCCGUUUUAUGAAAACAUGGGCACACACUAUACCCUCACAAUAAUGGCUUGUCUGGCUGUGGUGUUGGCAACUAUUCCCUACGUGCUGUACUUCUACGGACAUAAUAUUCGGGCAAAGAGUAAAUAUGCAUUCACGCAUUAG